CUCCCAUGAUCGACCUAGAUCGUAUAACAUGGUUCCAGCAGUGGGAGUUCUGGCUUUUCUAUAGGUUAUUGAGACCCUCCGAAUUCUUCAAGUCCUGGCGUUGGUAUCAACUUAUAGUUCCAGACCAGCUAUGGAUGGUCAUAGGGCUAUACAGGCUCGUGAAGGGAUUCAUUCAUCCUCCGACUAGCAGUGCUGCUGCUUCUUGUGGUGGUGGCUCCUCAGUUGCCUCGUCUGCAUCACCCAUGACCAGAAUGCAAUGGGUAUGGGAGCUAUGCCGAAUAGACCCUGUAGUAUUCGUCGCAUGGGGCCUAACCUUCAUCGCAGAGCCGAGUACGGCGUUUUUAUUUGAACAGGAAGAUAAUAAUGAGGACGAGCAGCAUCAUCAUGAGGAAGAUGAAAUGCAGAUUGAUGUCUCAGCCGGUGAUGCCAGAAUAGCGGCCCAGGAGGAGGAUGAUGAUGACGAUGACACUCAUGGGAAUGUUGAUGAUCCCAGAGAUAGUGCUCCAUCUGUUGUAUCGUUGCCACGCAGCGCUGUGGCUCCAUGUCGGAAGUGUCAUAAGAAAAGAGAAGACCCAGGCUACGUCCUUCUUACAUGUGGGCAUUUCCCUUAUUGUCAAUCUUGUAUCUCGUCAUCAGUCAACCGCACUGGUGGUUUUGUCUGUACCCAGUGUGAGCAGUAUUGCCUCGCUCAAACCAACACCAACCCCGGCUCCUCCACAACAUCGACGUUAUUGUUAAAUAGUCUAUCUUGGAUAUCAAAAUUGUAUUCUACUGAAAGAAUCAAGACUGUCGUACCAUCGACACCAGCGAAGGAAAUCAUCAGAUUAGCAAGCCCAGAGUUAUGUGAGAACAGCAGCAAGAUGUGCCCAGUGUGUGAAGAGCGGCCCGGUAAUCUCAUACUCAUGCCAUGUGGACAUCUAGGCUUCUGUGGUGUAUGCGUUGCCGGAUUCAAACUCAGGUGUCCAUACUGUCGGCGGGGAAUAUCACGAAUCCUUCGGGGUUAUGAUGUCCGUGUGGACAGGACCACGCAUUAAUCAUCAAUGGUCUUAUAAUUUUCGACUAGUUGCAGUUCAC